CAUCUUUGGGACGUUUCAUACUUUCAACCGGAAGAGUGAAUGUAAACAAAGUAGUCGAGAAGUAGUUUUCUCGCUGCGAUGUUUUCAAGUGUUUUCAAGUUUUCUGUUCUAUAAGCCAUGUAAGCGAUAGGACAGAUUAAGUAAUACGGUCAUAAAUUCGAUGAACUGCUUUCGUUGACGGGUGCAGAUAUUUAGGGAGCUAUUUGCUAGCGCUACCUACCCGAAGCGACUCUCUGCGGUAACGGUUUAGCCUCAUUUAGCUCCAAUGCCUCAAGAAGGAGAGGAGUCUCUCCCCCUGGUUCGUUCCCUGAACAGUCGGAUACCAGUUAAAGUGGUGUUUUGUAACCGCAGUCCUCGUGUCGUACGGCCUUUGUGGAUAGAUUAUCGGGGAGAGCCGCAACCUUACGAUGAUAUACAACCGGGUACAGGACGGAGGAUGAACACUUUCGUCGGUCACCCGUGGAUGUUCAGAGAUGCAGAGACUGAUGACCCUCUGAAAGUUAACACCAAAGAGCUGUUUCUUCCUAAGCCAGCAGGGGGUGGAAAUGUGACAUUUGCUAAUAUCAGUUUACCAGUUUACAGUCUCAAGGAUCGCGCUCUUCAGGUUACUCGGCGUCUUGUACGACCAGAGGACUACAGGAGCUUGGAAAUAGCACGAUGUCUCCAUGAGGAUCUUGAAGAUCAACCCAGUGUUUUGAAAGAUCUCCAAUGCAUAAAUGGACGAGUAGCUCAGCGUCUGAAAGAGAACAGCCAAGGCCAAGAAGAGUAAUGUAUAAAAUAAAAUUGAUAUUUUUCACACAAGAGACACAGUCAGAGAAAGUAAAGUCAAGAACUUUAAAGAUGCAAUGAAAUGUUGCAAUUACUUCUUGCUCAGCAUCUAUAAACACAUUUUUUUUUUCCAAUCAAUCUUGGUUUGAACUUCUGCCUGUUGUCAGUUGUUAUGCAGAAAAAAAAGUGGUUUUACCUUUUUAGUCAGAGUUAUAUGUAAUAUAAACCCAUCUUCUGUAUGUAGCCACAUUAAAUAAGAAAUUUGUAUAUAUAUAUAUAUAUAUAUAUAUAUAUAUAUAUAUUGUUAAUAUACUCGUUGGUAAUGGCUGAUAUGAGGUUAUCUUACCUUAACUGCACAACUCCCUUUAAAAAUAUCUUAUUUUGUUAUUGUAGCUCUUAAAUCUACCAAAAAAUGUUGGGUGAUUAGGAGCGGACAUUUGUUGAGACUGUCAUAAAGAUGAUUUCUAAUGUGGGGCAAGAAAAUGAACAUAUUUUAAAACGAGCCUAUAAAAUACUGUGACUGAGAAGCUUAUCGUCAAUUGUCUACUUUGUAAUUCUUUUUCUUGAUCACACAUUGCUGCUGCAUCUAAAAGAGUUGUAUUUGUAUAUUGAAUAAAAUAUAUACAACAUUUA